GUUACUUCCUAAACACAAUGAGAUGAGAAUGUUUAUUUUUAAUUAGGCAGGUACAAAUUACAUCAUUUUAUAAGAAUUUCUAUGUCAUUUUUAACUGGAAAUACUGGUUUUACAUUUACAUCUAGCAAUUUUCUCAUAGUUAAUAGUGUAGGCAAUGGAUGAAUUUUGUGGUGAAACGUUCUGGAAUUCCUCGCUGAGCUGGAACACCACCGAACCCGAUUUUACAGAAUGCUUCCAAAAGACAGUGCUGGUGUGGAUUCCGUGCGUUUUCUUAUGGAUUUUUACCCCAUUCGAAAUUUACCACAUGGUCGAGAACAAAAACCGAAACAUACCCUGGAACUACCUCAACAUAUCAAAACUGGCAGUAACACUUAUCCUGACCUCACUAACUUGUAUUGACGCUUUAGCUUUGAAAAAGAUAGUCGCUCAAAAAUUAGUUUACAAUGUUGAGAUAUCGACACCGAUAAUAAAAAUCGCCACACUGAUAUUGGCAAGUGCUUUGGUUGCAUUUAACCGUAAGCAUGGUGUUCGCACGUCGGGAGUGCAAUUCAUAUACUGGCUUCUACAGGCAUUGUGCGGAAUACCAGAGUUUCGUUCAGAAAUUGCCAACGAUCAUUACAAUACAAGCUAUUUAGCGUUCUAUCCGUUAGUACUUGUAAUGCUGCUUUUAAAUUGUUUUGUCGACAAACCGGCUGAAUAUAGUCGUUGCCCCAAUUUAAAUCACCCUUGCCCUGAAGAAGGAGCUGGCUUUUUAUCUCGUAUGCUCUUUCAAUGGUUUGAUGUAAUGGCGAUCAAAGGUUUUCGAAGAUCAUUAAAAACUGAAGAUUUGUGGAGUUUGAGACAUGGAGACUUCGCAAAUGAAGUUUAUACCAAGUUUGAUACUUACUGGCAGAAAUCUGUAACAAAAUCCAGUGUAAACUUCUAUGAGUAUGGACGAGCAGCUUUUAAAUCUGGUUCUACCCAAAUUGAAUUUGUAAACACAUCGGCAAAGAGAAACCUGUCGAUACUUCCUUCACUCUUUAAAGCAUUUGGUUUGACGUUUUUCUUUGGGGCUUUACUUCGUUUGGCGCAAGAUUUGUUGGCGUUUACGAGUCCAUUAAUUUUAAAUUUAUUACUAUCAUACAUUCAAAAUAAAGGCCCACGAUGGCAAGGCUUUCUCUACGUCGCGUGCUUAUUUGUAGCUGCAACUACGCAGACGCUAAUUUUGUCACAGUACUUUUACCGAAUGCAAAUUGUCGGGUUGCGCGUUUGUGCCUCCCUCACGUCGGCCGUUUACCGCAAGGCACUGCGUAUUUCGCAGUUUGCCAAGAAGGACAUAUCCUUGGGAGAAAUAAUAAACCUAAUGCAAGUAGACGCGCAAAUAUUUGCAGAAUUAAUGCCGUACAUAAACAUGGUGUGGUCAGCACCAUUACAAAUCCUCAUAUCACUCUACUUUCUUUGGCAAUUACUUGGCAUCGCAGUACUAGCUGGCGUGGCCGUAAUGAUCGUGCUUAUUCCCGUAAACGGCGCGAUUGUGAAGCGCGUUCAGGUAUUCCAGCUGAGUCAAAUGCAGAAUAAGGACGCGCGGAUUCAACUGAUCAAUGAGGUUCUGAACGGUAUUAAGGUGCUCAAACUGUACGGCUGGGAGCCCAGUUUCGAAGGAAAAAUAAUUAAUAUUCGCGAAAAGGAAAUUGGCAUUUUGAAGAAGGCCGCCUAUUUGAAUGCUUGCAUGGCGCUUUUAUUUUCCCUAGCACCAUUUUUGGUGGCCCUACUUACUUUUGUGGCAUUUGUGAAUAUUGACGAAGAAAAUAUAUUGACUCCUCAAAGGGCAUUUGUUUCAUUGACUUUAUUUACCAAUAUGCAUUUUUCUAUGGGCGUGUUGCCUUUGGUUAUCGUUUGGAUGGCGGAGUCCUAUAUUUCUGUGAAACGUUUAAAUAAAUUCAUGAACAACGACGAGUUGGAUCCCAAUAAUGUCAGUCACGAUGCUACAUGUGAAGACCCCAUUUUGAUAAAAAACGGUAACUUCAGCUGGGGUGAAAACUUGACGCUUAGAAACAUUAAUGUUCAAUGUAAAAAAAAUUGCAUAAUGGCAGUAGUCGGUCGAAUAGGAUCCGGAAAGAGCAGCUUAAUCUCUGCGAUUUUAGGAGAAAUGAAUAAAGUGUCUGGAUACGUUAAUGCAUUAGGAACGAUAGCGUACGUUUCCCAACAGGAUUGGAUUCAAAACGCCACAAUACAAGAAAAUGUGCUGUUCGGCAGGGUUCUCGAUGAAUCCAUGUACAAUAAGGUGAUCGAUGUCUGCUCACUCGAGCAAGAUUUUGAAACUCUACCGGCUGGCGACCAAACUAAAAUUGGCGAUAAAGGAAUUAAUCUCUCAGGCGGUCAAAAGCAAAGAAUCAGCAUAGCGAGAGCUAUAUACUCGCAAGCCGAUGUUUACCUUUUCGAUGAUCCCCUAAGUUCUGUGGACAGUCACGUUGGAAAGCACAUAUUCGAAAACGUCAUUGGUCCUAACGGCAUACUAAAACAUACAACAAGACUAUUUGUAACCCACAAUUUGGCGUAUUUACCACAGGUUGAUGAAAUAAUUGUACUUAAGGAUGGCGAAAUAUCGGAACGUGGCACUUACCAGGAGCUGCUCGAACAGAAACAGGAGUUCUCCGAAUUUCUGCUGCAGUAUCUGUAUAAGGCUGUUGAAAGUGGAAAUGAAGCAAUGGACGAGGUGGAGCCUUUGUUGUACAAUUCACCAUUAUCUUCAGAGUUGUCACAAAUUCCGCUUAAAUCUGAACAAAGUAACGCGGAGGAGGUUUCAAAAUCUGAAGAAAAGGUAAACGAAGAUGCGCAAGCGGAUGAGGAGAGGAUUGAAGAAGGAAAUGUCAAGCUUUCUGUAUUUCUGUUCUACUUCAAAGCAGUUGGUGGAACUCUGUGUGUUGCGACAAUUAUUUUUCACGUUCUUUGCCAAGUGUAUAGCGUUGGGGCGAGUGUUUGGUUAAGUAUUUGGUCAUCACACGAAAAUGCUACUCUAAGUGAGCGAGAUGUCUACUUGGGAGUUUACGGUGGGCUUGGAUUAGGACAAGUUCUAUCGAUGUUUCUGGCUGCUGUCACUUUGUACAUUGGUUGUCUUAACGGCUCACAAACACUGCACAAUAUUCUAUUAAACAAAAUACUUAGAGCGCCAACCAAUACAUUUUUUGACAUCACUCCACAAGGACGAAUAUUAAAUCGGUUUUCCAAAGACAUCGACGUGCUAGACAAUACCUUGCCGUUGGUCAUUAAGGGUUGGUUUAACUGUGUGUUAUCAGUGCUAGCAAUUUUGUUUAUCGUUAGCUACACAACACCAAUUUUCAUGGUGGUGAUACUACCAAUUGCGAUUGUGUACUAUUUCAUACAACGAUUCUACAUCGCGACGUCUCGUCAAUUGAAACGCCUCGAAUCCGUAACAAGAUCGCCGAUUUACUCGCAUUUCGGCGAAAGCAUAGCUGGUGCGUCUACUAUACGCGCAUAUAAAGAGUCCAAACGGUUUAUUAAGGAAUCUGAGUCGAAAGUAGAUUGCAACCAAACAUGUAAUUUUCACAGUAUCAUUGCAGAAAGAUGGUUGUCUGUCAGAUUAGAAAUCUUGGGGAAUCUUAUUAUUCUAUUUGCAGCUUUGUUUGCUGUACUUAAUGAAAGUCAAGACGCCGGCCUUGUUGGGCUGUCCAUUGUGUAUGCUUUACAGAUUACACAAAGUCUGAAUGCGUUAGUAGUGAUGACUUCGGAUAUCGAAACGAACAUAGUAUCCGUUGAACGCAUCAAAGAAUAUGGCGAGAUUGUGCAGGAAGCCGCUUGGGAUACCACCAAACAAAUUGUACCGGAGUCGUGGCCGGGUCAUGGAGAGAUCAUUUUUAAGAAUCUCUCAAUCAGAUACAGACCUGAUUUAGAUCUAUCCCUAUCACAAAUAAAUUGUGCCAUAAAAGGGGGGGAAAAAGUCGGAAUCGUUGGAAGAACUGGGGCAGGAAAAUCAAGCAUGACGUUAUCAAUAUUUAGAAUAAUUGAGGCAUUUGAAGGAGAAAUUGUGAUUGAUGGUAUUAAACUCUCUGAUAUAGGCUUGCAAACCGUGCGAUCACGUCUCACCAUCAUCCCUCAAGAAGUAGUGUUGUUCGCAGGUUCGCUCAGAAUGAAUUUAGAUCCUCACGAUAAAUAUACCGAUCUCGAAAUUUGGACUGCCUUAGAUCAGGCUCAUCUCAAAGGACACAUUGAAGAUCUGCCAGCGGGACUCAAUCACGAAGUGAGCGAAGGUGGCGAAAAUUUUUCCACAGGACAGCGACAACUUCUGUGUUUAAGCAGGGCAUUGUUGAGGAAAUCGAAGGUGUUAAUUUUAGAUGAGGCUACCUCCGCCGUUGAUUUAGAAACAGACCGUUUGAUUCAGCAGACCAUUAAAACAGAAUUUAGUGACAGUACGAUUCUUACUAUCGCACAUAGGCUAAGCAACAUUAUUAAUUCGGAUAGAGUUAUUGUUUUAAACAAGGGUUAUAUUGUCGAGUUUGAUUCGCCCUCUGUUUUGUUGCAAAAUGAGAAUUCCUCUUUUUAUGGCAUGUGUAAAGAUGCAGGGUUAGUUUGAUAUUUUUGUGGAAUUUGAGAAAAAUUAAACAUGUAGUCUAUGAG